GACGCAAGCGCGCAGAGCGGAAGUGGGCCUGGGGAGGGCCCAGUUAGGCGCAUGCGCGCGGGCGCCCUUCCUUUCUUUCCCCCUCGUUGCUGCCGCCAUGGCGCCUGCGAAGAAGCUUGCGACGAAGGGUGGCAAAAAAAAGAAACAGGUCCUGAAGUUCACUCUAGACUGUACCCAUCCGGUAGAAGAUGGUAUUAUGGAUGCUGCCAAUUUUGAGCAGUUCCUGCAGGAGCGGAUCAAAGUGAAUGGGAAAGCCGGGAACCUCGGUGGAGGCGUCGUAACGAUCGAGAGAAGCAAAAGCAAAAUCACCGUCACCUCGGAGGUCCCUUUUUCCAAGAGGUACCUGAAGUACCUCACUAAGAAAUACCUGAAGAAAAACAACUUGCGUGACUGGCUGCGUGUAGUGGCCAACAGCAAGGAGAGCUAUGAGUUGCGGUAUUUCCAGAUUAACCAGGAUGAAGAGGAGGAGGAGGAGGAAGAUUAAAUGCAAAUGCUCUGGAGAUAUUUUGUACAUUCACUUUUCCUUGAAUAAAAAGUUGUUAUAACA